CAAGUAUAAGUGAUCUUUGCCCAAAAGGAUAAUUUUUUUUUUUGAAGGCUCGGGUUCACUGUCCAGGUAUAUAUAUGUGUCUUUAUUGAAUGAAUGAGUAGUAAUUUUGGUUAAUACUGUUUGUCAUUCUACUUUUGCUUUAAAAUACUGGAAAAGAAACCUAUUGGUAAUAGAAGGACUUAUCACAGUGCUUAAGCAUUUGGCUGCUAACCAAAAAGGUCAGCAGUUUGAAUCCACCAGCCACUACUUGGAAACCCUUUUGGGCAAUCCUACUCUGUCCUAUAGGGUCGCUUCGAGUCAGAAUCGACUCAACGACAACGGAUUUGGGUUUUUUUUGGUUUUAUUAUUGUGUGUACUUUAGCAUAUUUAGUUUAGGAAAGAGUAACAUUUUGUCAAAGAAGAAAAUAAUAUUAAUCACUAUUAUGCUAGUUUUCAUAAAACAUUUAUUUCAUUUCUAGUUCAUUUUAAUUAGAUCUGCAUGGAGGCAAUACACCAGUCAUUUAAUACAUCCAUACAAAUUAGCAUUCCUUUUCUAAGUUCAAGACCCAAGCCCUAUCUUGAUGUGAUUUUAGCAUUAAUAAUGUUAGAAAAAUUAGCCAGUUUUACAAAGUAGUAAAAACUGUACGUGCUCAAACCUGCUGAACUUGUCUAAAUGGCCAAAUUAACACUAACCAAAAUUUUUAACCCCUCUUAGAUUUAUCUUUUAAGAGUAUAUAUAAACUUUUACAUGCUUUGGUUAUCUUGUAGGAUUAGUAGAAUGACAGUAUCUGUGUUUGGUUGUUGUUAUUGCCUGGAUUAAUCUCUUCUUGAUGUAUCAAAAAUACAGAGCAGAUGCUAAAAUGUGAUAAUAAAUGGGAUUAAUUUUUGUUAUCUCCAUUUUGUGUUAAUGUUUGUGGUUGUUUAAGUGAUAUGAAUGUAUUAUGCAUGUACUUAACAUGUAUAAUGAUUGAAGGUAUACAUGACAUGUGUUUUGUUUAAAAUGUGAACCUGAUUUUGAAUGUGUCUAAUUUCAUUCUGUGUAUUAUGUAUAGCAUUGUUUCUACUGUAACUCUAAUGAAGAAAAAAAGGAGAGAGGUAACAUUUAUUGACUACCUAUUAAGUUUCAGGCUUAUUUAAUACUUAAACCAGAAUUAUUACUCUUCAUACCAGUUAUAUUCACAAUAGCUGAAAACUGGAAACAACUUGAUUGCUCAUCAGUAGGAGAAUGAAUAAAUUUUGAUGUAUUUGUAAAAUCAACUACUAUAUAUCAAUAAAAAAGAAGUAUCUACUGAUACAGGCAGCCAGCAACAGGGAUGAAUCUCAAAGAUAAUAUGUUCAGUUAAAGAAGGCAGACAGAAAAGAAUAUAUACUGUAUAAUUCUACUUACGUGAAGCUCAAAACAGCAAAACUAGUUGAAAGUCUGUCAGAGUAGUGCUUACUGGGGGUCAAUGGGGUGACUAAGGGACAGGGAGUAACCUGUCCCUUAUAACCUUAUAGAGUACUGGGGAUAUUCUAUAUCUUAAUCUGGGUGGUGAUUACAUGGGUAAUUACAUAUGUAAAAAAAUUCUGAGGUGCAUAUUUAAGACUAAUAAUUACUUAAUUUUAUUAUUAAUUAAUUAGCGAUUAAUAGUCCAGAUGAUUAAAGAUGUGUGCCUGUACUGAAGUGUUUCUUCAGUUAGAUUCUGCGUACUACUGGUUAAUAACAUACAUGUUGCUAUAGUGAAUAUAAGUACUGUUUCAAGAAACUAGAUGUUAGACAAUGCAGAUGGAUGUGUAACAGGUGAAGGAGUUUUCAGGUCACUUUGAUAUUUGUGUAAAUUUUAUUUGUAAUAGAUUGGAUUAGUUUUUAUAUGGUUCUGUAUAAUCUGAGGGUUGAAAGGUCCUUAUAGGACAUCCUAUUGCUUAAAAGUGGUCUCAUAAACGAUGAAAUUUUACAGGAUUCUUAGAUGUAAAGAACAGAAUUUUAUGAGUGAGUAAACAAGUUAUUUGAAAUCAUUUUUGUAGUUCGGAAGGGGCUCUGAAAACCAUACUUACUACUUUUUUUGUGUGACUGAAUUACCUUUAGCAUGUUUCUUAAUGUACUGGUGUUUGGAAAUACAUGCUCUGUGUCUUUAAACCUUUGAGCCCUUUCUUUGCGUAUUUGGGUACCGUGCAACCAAACUUAAGCAUGGGAAACUCUCUCCACCCUCCCCGAGCUUUGCAUUCUCCACUCAGGACUAUAUUUGCAAUGGAUACUACUUAGUGAUUAGUUCUCUGUCUUGUCAGUCAAACCUUUGUCUCUAGCAAACCGUUUUGUCACUGUAGUAGUGCUCCUGUGCUGGAAAUUUAUCUCUGAUAGAGAAAGAAUGCUUUUGAAAACAGUUCUUACGUGAUUUGAUGAAACUUAAUUUGUCCGGGAAAGGAAAUGUCUCGUCUCUGGUAUGGGAAAAAAGGGAGAAGAUACCAACCAAUUAAUCAUAAAUACACUCUGGUAGUGUCAGUGGCUGAGUAUCACCGCAGGAUCGAUGCUCUAAAUACUGAAGAACUGCGCACACUCUGCAGACGUCUCCAGAUUACUACAAGGGAAAACAUAAAUUCAAAGCAGGUUACUCCAUUAAAAGCAGACCUGGAGUCUGAGUCAUUUCGACCAAACCUAAGUGAUCCCAGUGAACUCUUACAGCCAGAUCAAAUUGAAAAGCUUACCAAACAUCUUCCACCAAGAACAAUUGGCUAUCCAUGGACUCUUGUUUAUGGUACUGGGAAGCAUGGCACAAGCUUGAAGACCCUUUACCGAACAAUGACAGGUUUAGACACCCCAGUGCUAAUGGUGAUUAAAGACAGCGAUGGCCAGAUUUUUGGUGCAUUAGCAUCUGAGCCAUUUAAAGUGAGUGAUGGCUUCUAUGGUACUGGAGAGACCUUUGUUUUUACAUUCUGUCCAGAGUUUGAGGUCUUUAAGUGGACAGGAGAUAAUAUGUUUUUUAUCAAAGGAGACAUGGAUUCACUAGCUUUUGGUGGUGGAGGGGGAGAAUUUGCUCUUUGGCUUGAUGGAGAUCUCUACCAUGGAAGAAGCCAUUCUUGUAAAACGUUUGGGAAUUAUACACUUUCUAAGAAGGAAGAUUUCUUUAUCCAAGACAUUGAAAUCUGGGCUUUUGAAUAAAUAUAAUGCUGUCUGUCUUAGCAAGAUAAUGCCCCAAACCUGACAUGGACAAGCAUUGUUUUGAAAGUUCAAGUAGCAAUACAAUGUAACAUGUCACUAACGUUUUAAAAUUAGUCCGUACACUAUUCAUUACAGCUAUAAUUUGUAGUUUAUUUUUAAAAUCAUGUUUCUGUCCCAAAGUUCUUUAGGUUUAAACCGUGGCCAAGAUCUAUGUAGCAUAACAGCUUGGGUAUGGUCAGAAUUUUGACAUCAUUUUGAUCAUAGUGACCGCCUCAUCUACAAUCCAUGUUAUCUCAAUCUCCUAAUAGGAUGGUGCUCUUUUGUUGAACCUGUUUUGGUUUAUUAUUUUUUUAACAAUAUUGAUUAUUUACUAGAGUAGUCUAAUUGGGGUACUGAGGGAAUGGAGACUAGAUAGAUGUUACUUAAUCACUAUGAGGUUGGCACAGGUGACUUUUGGACAUGCUCAAGUUAGUUAUUAUUAUGAAUGAGAACCACAUGCCAAAAUAAUGCAUACUCUGUAGACUACUGAGUUCUAGUUAUAAUUCACACUACAACAUUUUUUUAUUAAUUUUGAAGGUAUUCUCAACUUCAUUUUACUAAAAAUGAAAUUUGAGGAGAAUUCUGGUUGUAAUAGACCACCGUGCACAUGAUCUGCAGGUUUGGGCAUAUGCUUUCAUCAUUGAAUUAUCUGAUAAAGAUUUAUGAAAUGACGAAGGAGAAUGAGAACUUGAUGAUUCUAUUGGAUUUAAUAUAUUAAGCAAGAAAAUACAGUAUUUACAUAUUUGUAGCUUAGCAGGGCAUUAUCAUAAGUAUAAAACUAUGAAACAGAUGCAUAUUUCUUCAAUAUUGUGUCAGAUUAACUGUUUUAUAGUUGUUUCAGCAUUGUUGUGCACCAGCCCUCAAAAUGUAGUUUAUUCCUGUUCAAAAGGAAAAGAAAAAUGUGAUUUUUUAAUUUAGUGGUAUGUUAUUAAUUACCAUUAGCAUUUGCUCUUACAAAAGGGCAGUGAUUAUAGUUGACAAUAUUGUAACUCAGUAGACUUGUGGAAUAUGCAAACUUACUGUCAAGUGACCUCAAAAAAAUAAAAUAUAGACUAUACUAGUAGUACUUAUCCUCUUUUGUAGGAAUAAUAAGCCAUUGUGGCAAUAAUUCAUCAGUUAAUUUCAAGCUUCAUGUUAUGCAAAAAAAAUCCACAAAACCCUGCUAUUAUACAUGUGACAGUGACUUUGUGCUGAAAUUUCAGCUAUUCCAGAUAAACAUUGUAUAUUAUCUUGUAAAUUAAUGUUUAAAAGUAGUUUUGUUCUCAUAGAAAGUGUUGAUUGCCAGGUUGCUUAUAGCACUUUGAAUUAUUCUAAAAAUGAAAUUACAAGCCAAGUAUGUUGGCUUAAGUAGUUUUAGUUGUAUAGCACUUGAAUAUAUUUAGUUCUUUUGAAAGUUUAAAUAAUUAUCUAAAGAAAGCAUAAUGCUAACGGAAAAAAAAAUCUGAUGUUCUAUUAUAAUAUGCUAUUGCUGAAUAUAAAUAGAAAUCCAGGGCAUCAUUUCCUUGUCUAUGUAAAGCUCUCUCAUUGUAAAUUAGUAACGGUAUAUAGAUUAAAUGUUUACAAUAUAAGCAAUUGUAAAUAAAUAUAUCAGUUUUUUUUCCUCUUUUAGUCUUCCACAGCAGUGUUAUUGUCUUUGUGGAGUUGACUAACCACCAAAAAAAAAAAAAUCCUGUAAUUGAUUGCAAUUACAAUAAGGUCAUAGUGGUGUACACCAAAUAAAAUUAAAUACAUAUAUAUACAAAUUUGAGUUUGGAUUUAUUGAAUAUUAAAUUACUUUCAUAACCUAAGAAAUCUUUGAUUAAAUAUACUGCUAUCUUCUGUGUAUAAAAAUGCUUUUAGUUGCCUAUAUUAAUAUGAUGAUGGUGGUGGUGAUGGAAGGGUGCAUCCCAGGUAAAAGUACAGCAAUUUAAAAAAUAAAGAUGUGUGAGAGCACUUGGUGUGUGGGAGAGUGCAAAUCAGUUGAUAUUCUAAAGUAUGUUGCUUUCUUUUGGUGAAAGGCACAUAGUAGAGGAAGUUCCGUGUCAUUAAGAGUUUUGUUGUGUGCGAUGCCAAGAAAUUUAGAUUUUUUUUUUUUUUUUUUUAA